AUGAGUGGCAGUAAUAGUGGAGUCCAAAAACGCAUCAUGUCAGUGGCACCAAAUGCACCAUUUGUUCAUUGCUGCGCACAUAAUUUGAAUUUGGUUAUUUCUGAUGCAGCCAAAAGCACUCAAGUAGCAAAUAAUUUCUUUGCCACUAUUCAAGCUAUUUUUAACUUUUUUAGUUCUAGCGCUCAUCGGUGGGCCACGUUAGGUUUCAGUGAAGACUUUGCUUGCAAAAUUAGAAAGAAAGUAUUGAAAAAAAUAUGUCCAACUCGGUGGGAAGCCAGACACGAAUCAGUCUCAGCUCUUAAACAACGAUAUAUUGAUGUACUUAAGUCAUUGAUUAACAUAAGUUUAAUCAGUAAGAAGUCUGACGAACGAAGUGAAGCUCAAUCUUUACCAAAAAAAAUGGAAUCUUUUCAAUUUGUGUUGAUGUUGAGUGUUUGGGAAAACAUAUUACGACCACUUCAUGGUGUUUCAAAAAUGUUACAACAACAAGAUAUGAAUCUACAAAAUGCACGAGACAGAUUAAAAGAUGUUUAUUAUUUAAUAAAUUAA